UUGAACGAAAUAGACCUUACAGCACCAGAUCUAGAUGUCGAGACUUUGUGGAGCCGCCUGUCAAAAGAAGAAAAACGCGAAUUCCACAGACAACUGGCUAAUGGUACAAUUUAUUCGUCCAUUCCUCUUUGGACGCCGUGGUGGCAUCCGUCCGCCAAGGACCUCAUAACCUCCUUCCCCGACGACUGUAUCGAAAGUGCCGACCAUUCAGUCUUGCGCCCAGUGAAACAACUCUCUAAACUCUUGUCCUCCGCGCCGCAUCCAUCAAUUAUCUAUUCAAUGGCCGAAGUUCUCUUAGGGUUCACGUUGACAGCCAGGUACUUCAACGGUGACUACCUGCAGGAUAUGUAUUUGGAGUCAGCUGACUUCCUCCUCAAGCUCGUGAGCUGCCUGGCCGCUCCACAGAUGCCGCAGUCUGACAUGUUCAAGUGUCAGACAGACAGAACACGUAUAGUCGGGGAGACUUCCGUAACAGCACCCAUCUUUUCCAACUUUGAAGAGGUGUUGGCCUUCUUCCAGUCUCGUUUGGCCGAGAAUCGUCUCGCCUGCUCUUCUUCCACGAUUGUCCUAUCGACAGAUGAUUUGCACUGUUUGUUGGGGAAACUUGGACUUGCACAGCGCGCUCUUUCCGAAAUCGAGGAACUUCUGGAAAAGGCCAGGUCAAAAAAGUCAAAGGCAAGAGUACUGCAGUUUGCCCUCCGAAAAGUCACAUUUUUGCGAGCCUGUCUGGGGGAGCAAGAUGCCUCGGCAAAGAAUUGGCUGAGGGAGGCCCUGCCUCGCUUGCAACAGGAGAUUGCAGCAUCGCUUUGUGGUCAGGCCAUGCGCGUUGAGAUGGAGAAUAAAACCAAAAAUCACAAUCAGCCCAUACGCCCCUCCGCUUUACCCGACUGGCGUAACAUCCUCCGGUCAAAAAUGCCCCAAAAACUAUUCUUGGAAUGCAUGUCUCCGCCUGUCUAG